CCUUGAACAGGCGUCUGCCUGGCCAAAGACUUUUAUCUUGUUUUAUACGUAACCGACUUGAGACUUACGUGUUAAGCAGCCUUAUUGAACUAUUUUCUUUAGGUCUACGAGUAUCCAAAAAGCUAUGUUAACAACCUUUCUUUUGAACGGCGUACUCUUUCUAGGUGGUCAAGUAUUUCUCGAGACAUUCUAUUCAGAGGCUAGGCUAUUAGGCUGUUCUUAUGUUAGUUUAUUAGGUGUACCGACAUAUUUCAUAUUACUAGCCGUCAAUGGCAAGUUCUUUGGUAAAGUGGCAGAGAAAUCUUACCAGAUUCAGGCACAACAAACACAGCAAAAAGCUGCUUCUACUAAUGUCAUUUCAAGUAUGGCAUCAACAGUACUGACCACUCUACUAUAUAUCAACUGCGGUGUGUUUGCUUCUCUUUUAUACAAGGUACCUUAUGUUGGUAUCCUGCUUUCAUUUUUGAUGAAUUGCAUGAUCUUUUCUUAUUACUGCUUCGAGUUUCAAUGGGUGUAUAAAGGAUGGUCUAUUGAGAAGAGACUUUCUUUCAUGGAGUCUCACUGGGCCUUCUUUUUAGGUUUUGGUUUCCCUGCUACUUUUAUUACUUUCUUUUUAUCUUUUCUUCGUUCAGGUGCUGUAUUUGCUCUCAUUUAUCCAUUCUUUAUCAUUAUGGCAAUGAUUGCUGCACCCAAAGCAACUACACCUUAUGCACAAACAAUGCCUUCAGGAAUUAAAGCCCGAACUGAAUGGGUCUUGCCCAACAAAAUUUCCUUCUUUUAUCCUGUUCGCAAGUUUAACGAUGCUAUUAUUACUAUUGUUCGACUCGUUGGUGGUGUUCACGCCGACUCCAUUGUUUCCGAAAAGCAAAACUCUAGUUUAAAGCAAGAAUAAUACAAAAUAAACUGUAAAUUGUGUAGAAUCAUUAUGAUUUACUGAAACACUUUAUUUCACAUAAUGUUUCUGAUUUAUAAAGGUAGCUCAGAAAAGCUUGUUUCAAAAACAUGCUUGUCUCUUGACACAGGUCUUAUCAAACUCACAAGAUUUGUCUUUUAGAAUGCU